GUACCAGUGUGCGUUACGAGAAGAGCCGGCUCGUAGAAUCGGAAAUAACAAGACAAAGCUCUCGUUUACCAGGUAUUGUUCGCAGCAACGCUAAUCCAUUACGCGAAGUCGCCGGCGGUAACUACCUAACGGCGUUAACCUCUUCUGAGGGUCACUAACAAGCGCUUGGAAACUACCUUACCUACCCCGCUACCCCAUGACCCCGCGUCGGAUGUGUGUCUGCAGGGCCCUGCGACGUCCAUUCUUAAGAGGUAUGUCCAAUGAGAAUACAGCGAUUUGAGUUUUCAUGAGCCGUAAAGUGCCACGGUUGACGGUAAUCUGGGAUGGUUGUUGCUGGUUUAAGAGCUAAGAUGUAGCUCUGGGUGUUUAUUAGCUCUGGCACCUUUUUGAUUUUGUUCUUUGUUUUCUUGUGGUCUUUGAGUUGGAAGAUCUUCUUCUUCUUCUUUACACUUGAGAGCUUUUUUUGUUCUUGUGUUGAGAGGGCUGUGUAUUCGCAUCGUACUGGACUUUGGGUUUGAGGAAGUCUGCUACUGAACAGAUCCAGAGCUGCACACAUUCUCAUUACCUCUUCACAUACUUUGAGACUGGGAGUUGAGAUCUCCUCCGCAAUCAUGGCUAUCUCUCUCCCCGCAAACCUAGGCGUCCCCCUCCUCGCCUCCUCUGCUCUCGGCCUCCUCUCCCACAACCUCUACUUCAUCCACGGCGAACACCACACCACCGCCGUCCGCCUCGCCCAACUCUCCAUCCUCCUCCCCCUCGCCCUAACCUACGGCCUCACCCGGCUCGCCUCCCUUCCUCUCCCCCAAGCAUGUCUAACCACCCUCCUCCUCCUCACCACCUACCUCACCUCCCUCUUCACCAGCAUGCUCAUCUACCGCGCCUUCUUCCACCGUCUGCGCUCCUUCCCCGGCCCACCACUCGCCAAACUCUCGAAAUUCUGGCACGUUUUACAACUGGGUGGAUUUGACAAUUAUAAGAGGUUGGAUAGGUGGCAUGCUACGUAUGGGGAUUAUGUGCGGAUUGGGCCUACCGAGUUGAGUAUUGUGGAUCCCGAGGCGGUGGAGGCCAUUAUGGGGAGUAGGAGUACGUGUACGAAGAGUGCGUGGUAUGAUAUGGGGAUUCCGCUUGUGAGUUUGCAUCAGUGUCGGGAUAGGGCGACGCAUGAUAAGAGGAGGAGGGUGUGGGAUAAGGGGUUUAGUAUGAAAGCAAUCGACAGCUACGAAUCCCGUGUUGUUUCAUUUGCAAAUGUGCUCGUUGAUCAGCUGAAAUCCUUUGGCGGCAAACCCCUUGACUCAAGUCUCUGGUUCAAUUACUACUCCUUCGAUGUUAUGGGCGAACUUGCAUUCGGUCAGUCCUUUGAUAUGCUGAAGACCGGGGAGAAGCAUAAUGCGAUUAAGCUUCUACAUGAGGGACAGAGACCUCUGGGGAUUUUCUCGCCUAUGCCGUGGCUGAUGAUGAUUAUGAUGAAGAUUCCUGGAGCAGGAGCUGGCUAUAAUAGGUGGUUGGCGUAUUGCGAAGAGCAUGCCGAGAAGAGGAAAGCUAUGAAAAUGGAAGAACGCGACAUCAUGUCCUGGCUCCUCGAAGCAGACCCCAUGACAUCCGACCCCUUCAAAGAACACAUGUGGCUCGUCGGCGACGCCCGCCUCAUCAUCGUAGCCGGCUCAGACACCACGGCCGCAACGCUCACCUACCUCUUCUACCACCUCGCGCACUCGCCUGCCAUCGUGCAGAACCUCCGCAAGGAACUCCAGCCGCUGCAUAGACAGGAUGGCUCCUUCGAUAACAAGGAGUUGCAGAAUGCGGAGUAUUUGAAUGGUGUUAUUAAUGAGACUUUGAGGCUGCAUCCGCCUGUUCCGGGGGGUGUGAGUAGGUUGACGCCGAAGGAGGGGGUCCAGAUUGGGGAGGUGAGAGUUCCGGGGGAGACGGUUGUGUCGGUGCCGUUGUGGACGGUAGGGAGAUCGCCAAAAGCUUGGAAACAACCCCUUGAGUUCCUGCCAGAGCGCUGGGCUGCAGACUCGGACCUCAUUAUCAACAAAUCAGCUUAUGCUCCCUUCUCAGUUGGCCGCUACGGCUGCAUCGGCAAGAACCUCGCCCUCAUGGAACUCCGCACUGUCACUGCACUGCUCGUCUCGAAAUUCGACGUCUCGUUCGCGCCGGGCGAGAAUGGUAAUACGUUGCUGGAGAAGUCGGAAGAUUAUUUCACGAUUGGCUUGGGGAGUCUGAUGUUGCAGUUUAAGGAGCGGUAGGAGUGGGUAUUAUUCCCGGGAGGCGAGGGAAGAGGGGGGGUUUUGUUAAGGGGGAUGAUGAUGUCCGUGUAGGGUGGUUUGAGAGGUUGAGGAUAUGAAAUGAUGCAUGCCGUGGUGUGAGAAUUGGUGAUAUAUCCGCACAUUGCGCAAGAUUUUGCGAAAAUUAAGAAAAUAUCUAAUAUUCUGUUCAGUAAAACAUGUCGAGAAGAGUCGUCGCGCAGCGACUAUUCUUAUCUCUUAUGCCGUCGAGGUGGU